AUGUUGCGAUACGACAUAAACAGUGGUCCUCUGACUCUCAUCCAUGAUCUGCGACACUUGCCAAAAGAAGAGGUUGACAGAUUCAAUGCGACACCAAGAAGCUUGGAUCAGAAUUUCAAUAAUCCAACCAGUAAUGUUGGUAAUUUCCGUUUCAAGGGAUUUGUAAACAAUAACCUUGUUAAACCCACCAUUCCAAGGACAAUACCUGCUCAAGGAAUUUUAACAAGUGCUGAUGAUCCAAAGCUUGAUCUAAGUUCCUCAAGGUUUAACGCACAGCCUCAAGCACCACCCACCCCUCCCAAUCACCUACCACCACCCUUGGAAAUGAACGGUUACGAUAAACAAGGUCCUGCCUAUGAUAGACCAAAUGGCUUUGGCCCAACCACAAAUGGUUAUAGUUUAAAUGGCCAAACCCAUGGUAAUGGCUGGGCCAAGGAGAGACCAUCACCAAGACACGAUAGCCUGGAUAACCCCCUAACUUACCGUUCUGUAAAUCAGCACCAGGGAACAGGAAGACAUUAUGUCGAUGAUUAUGAAACCACUCAAAAUAUACCUAUAAGAAAUGCACACGCAAAAACACAAGAACAAAUAAAAAAAGAAGCACAGCAGUUCUUAGAUAGACGAGACGAGGAGAGAAGGUUCAAAGAAGAAAGUGAAAACAAAUUAAGGGAGAAACACGAGGAACAGCGUAGGACACGAGAGAUGUUGGAAGAGAGUGGACCUUUCGGUAAACCUCUACUAGGAGCUGGAGGCCCAAAUGGGAAUGAGUUCAAGAAAAAGAAAUUUACUGAAGAACAGUUUAAUGGCCGUGAGCAGCCCAGAUAUCAAAUCGAGCCGUCCUCUGGAUCAAUCACGCACAGGUUUCAGUUCUGGGACAGCUUUGGCCGCCCUGGCCAUGGCGCCCCACUUAGAACUGAUUCUGGAAAUCUAAAGACUCAUCUUGUUGGGGAUGUGAUCAUUCGUUUUCAGGAUCGGUACGUUCGUGAUAUCGAGAAUCAUCGUCGGCACGACAGACCCCCCGAAGAGAAGAAGAGAUAUUUUGAUGAUUUAAAGCGACAGGAGCAAGAGAAGAAAAUGAAUGGUCAUUUGCCUUCUCCCUCCAAGCCCAUUGGGUUUAACUAUAUGGAUUACUUUGGUCGGUCUGGUCCAGGAAGUGGCGCCCCAAUGGUAUCCGAUUCAGGCCAUGUCAAAGCACAAUAUCAAUGCAAGGAUCCCCUGAUAUUCUUUCAGAACCCAGACAUGGCCAGAGAACAGGACCACGGUUUGGAUGGCAUGCCGGCAUUCAACUCUCCGGGUCGGAACGGCAUGAGUGAAAGACAGCGAUAUCAUAAUGUACAGGAGAGUCUUAAUCAGGUGCGGAAGGAGAAUGAAAUGUUGGAAAAGAAUAGCCCUGAUCCGUUUACAAAUACAGGCCAUACACUACACGAUCGCGAUAGGAGACUCGUCCGAGCUUGGGACACGUUAGAAUUGUCGAAAGCUCCUCCAUACAGAGAGGAAUACCUGAAACAAAAAGCGGGUACAGAUCGUCGGACAAACCGUUCCCUUUCAAAAAGUGUAAUGGGAUUUGCACCUGAAUACGGACAUUUUCAAAAGAAAGGUAUAAGCAGUCCUAAAUCAGCUCCGGACACAAAUAGCAAAUUCUAUGAAAACCCAUACAACAAUAUCGGUAGAGGAGGUCCAGAGCUCAAACCAAACAGAGAGUGGCAACUACCUGUGUACUAUCCAUUCGGAAAAGCAGGUGGUGGUGCACCAAGACGGGACGAACAGGGAAACAGGAUCACACAGAUUCAAGGUCUUAUGGAUAGAUCGAGCUUUUUAAACCGCAAACCAGAUAAGAAGGAUAUGGACAUAGUGAAUGAGAAGAUGGCACAGGAGAGAUAUCGUGGUGAUCUCGACAAGCAGGUGGCACAAAACACACGCAAAGGUGACGAACAACAUCGCCAUCAGCAGGAAUCUCAAGAAGAUUAUGUUGGAAUACUCGAUUCGUUCAGGGCUCGCCCUCGGUCAAAGCAUCAUUUACCUCACAGCGACAUAUCACGUGCAAGAGAUGGACGUGUUCGAAUUGAACCCCAAGACGCCAGAAAGUACCACGAAACACUAGAUAUCGGCCUUACAGAUCAGCUGUAUAAGAAAAGACUAGAACAGCUGAAGGAUCAUCAAGAGAGUCGUCGGCAUAUGGACAUAAUGGCAACUUAUUGGGGACGAUAUGGAGGGGGAUACAGGAAAAACGAACAGUAUACACACAAAGGAAAUCUAGACAAUCUUCUGAACAAUGAAGAAAAAAACCGUUUCUCCAUGAGCGAUGCAUACGUUAAAGGAAAGGACUGGUCUCAGUUCGAUGAUCAGACUCCACGAGGGGAUGGCAUUACCUCAAGGAACGCUGCAAGACAAAUCACCCCUCGUUUUGGCUCCCAAGACGACUUGUCGCCUAGAUUCUCUCGUGUCACCGUGGAUAGUCACCACGCUAAUCAGUAUGACUAUCCCCAUUCUCCUUCCUUAAAGAAGAGCUACGAGGUAAGAUUACCAUGGGCGCAACACUAAGAUACUAAGCAUCCAAUAGAUACAUAAGAAGAUUCCCAGUAACACAGAAUUCGAAUUACGUUUAACAUCAUUUUUGGAACGGAUCGAAGCGAAUUAAACAUACGAAAUAUGGACUAAAAUAUGAAUAGAUAUAUUCAAUACUCUCGGAGUAUUCCAGCAUGAUUUGGUUGAAACUAUCAGGAAUGGAAUCCAAGCAUGGUCCGAGAAUUGGUCUUUGCUACGCAGCAAUGGUUAAGAUGAUUGUUGUUUCCGUACUGGACCAAUAUGUAUACGGUAUUGUUUUAUUAGGGAGUAACCACCAUGCGAUGUUGUUCAUAUGGAGAAACUACCGUGUGGACAUGUUAUAAGUUUAAAGUAAUAAAAAAAACACAUAUUCUUACAGAAAUCGUUAAACUUUCAUUAAGAGGGUUUUCGCGGAGGCAUGUUUAAUGCUCCUGAUUCUUGUUGGUUUAGUUUGAAAUCUAUAUUUACGGGAAAAGAUAUUGAUUAUGCUCCUGUCCUUAGAAUUACAUAACAAUACGAACUUCUCUGAGUUGUCAGAUAGGUUUUCAUGCAGUAUUUCAAAUUUUCGCCGAGAUUCCUUAUUUCAUUUGUAAGAUUGUAAACGGAAACUUGUAUAUAUAAAUUCAUCUAUAUAAAUAAGUCAUGUGGAUUUGGUAUUUAUUUUUAUCGUCAUGAAGUUUACUUUGAGGGUUAAUUGAAUAUGUAUGAAGGAUUUCAUUGAUAAUCAUUCUUUGUAUCAUCCAUUGUAUUGUAAUAAUUUCGUUUAUAAUGUAAUUAAGAUGUUCUUUGUCACUUAAUACUACAUCUCAACU